GUCAACUAAUGAGUUAGUAUGAGUUUGGAUCCAACAUUAUCCAAAGCAAAUUCCAAUAUUGCUAUGCAGAUAGUAACUAAUCUCACCUUUUCCGAUCAAAUCUUCAACAGCAGAAUUGCAUUCUAUGCAAUCCCCAUCUUGACAGUGAUCUGGUACUCAUGGCUCCUCUCACGAAAACGAAAACACCCUCUACCCCCGGGCCCGCGGGGGCUGCCCCUCGUCGGAAGCCUCCCCUUCCUCGAGCCCGAGCUGCACUCUCACUUCGCCCAUCUGGCCGCAUACAACGGCCCCAUCUUCUCCCUUAAACUCGGCGGAACUCUGAGCGUGGUGAUCACUUCCCCUGCCGCGGCCCGCGAGGUGCUGAAGCAGCACGACGUCGCUUUCGCCAACCGCCCCGUCCCUGCUGUGGUGAUGUCUGCCCAGUACGGCGGCCGUGACAUAGUGUUCACGCCGCACGGCCCCGAGUGGAGGAUGCUGAGGAAGGCCUGCGUGCGCGACAUGCUCGGCCACGCCACGCUGGAUGCGUUCUACGGCUACCGGAGGCACGAGGUCAAGAGCAUCGUCAGCCACUUGUACAGUCUCAAGGGUGCUCCUGUGAACGUUGGCGAGAUGAUGUUUUCCGGGGUGCUUAAUGUGAUCACGAGUAUGCUGUGGGGAGGGACGGUAGAGGUAAAGGUAAAGGGGGAGUUUAGGGAGGUUGUUGGGGAGAUCACGGAGCUUCUUGGGAAGCCUAAUGUGUCUGAUUUCUUCCCUAGCCUUGCUUGGAUGGAUUUGCAGGGUUUGAGUAAGCAAUAUAAGAUGGUGAGUAUGAAGCUUGAGGUUUUGUUUGACAAGAUUAUUGAAGAGGAAAUUAUGACUAGGAGGGCUAAUAUAAUUAAUGGAGCUGAUCUUGGUAAAGCAACCAACUUUUUGCAAGUGCUGCUGCGCCUCAAAGAAGAUGCUCAUACUGAGAUUCCUCUCACCAUGAUGCAUAUCAAAGCAUUGCUUAUUGAUAUGGUCGUGGGAGGCACAGACACAACCUCCAGCACGGUGGAGUUUGCGAUGGCAGAGAUGAUGAAGAAGCCCGAGGUGAUGCACAAGGCGCAACGAGAGGUGGACGCUGUGGUAGGCAAGAAUCGGGUGGUGGAGGAGUCCGACACCAACAAAUUGCCAUACCUAAACGCGGUGAUGAAGGAGGUUCUACGGUUGCAUCCGGCGCUUCCACUCAUGGUGCCACAUUGCCCUAGUAAGCCUUGCAUCGUUGCAGGGUACACAGUCCCAAAAGGCACCCGCACGUUUGUGAACGUGUGGGCGAUACAUAGGGACCCCGAAAAUUGGACUAAUCCAAAUGAAUUCAUCCCCGAGAGGUUCUUGAAUGGCGAGGGUGAUCGUUUUAGUAAUGACUUCAGUUACUUGCCUUUCGGGUCUGGUCGGAGAAGUUGCGCUGGAGUGGCAAUGGCGGAGAGGGUUGUUAUGUAUGCUCUAGCUUCACUUGUGCAUAGUUUUAGGUGGGAAGUGUGUGAGGGGGAGACUUUGGAUCUUUCAGACAAGUUUGGGAUAGUGUUGAAAAAGAAGGUGCCUCUUGUUGUUGUUCCUUUGCCAAGAUUAUCGCAUCAUCACCUUUAUGAGUAGGUUUGUGAUUGCAAGAUUUGUUGUUUGAGGAUAUAAUGCUGUGUUUCAUCAAUUAUUUGGCAUCAAGAUAAUGUUGCCCCUUGUAACCUUGUUGCUGUUUGAGGAGAUAAUAAUAUUGUGUUUCAUAGAUCAAA